AUGAACGCUCCGGGGCAUUCAACCUACCCCUACAGUAGUAAGGAACUCCAGCGGGUAUCCCUUUGUUGCCUCCGGGGUGGUAUAUCGGAAAGCAGCAAGCAAGGAAAGCGCAGGAAAGAGGCUAUUGAGUUCCUAGCCGAGGGAUUGAAUGAAGGAGUAGAUCUUUCCUCCGUUCCUUUACCGUACCGCUCUUUCCCUGUCUAUUUUGAUAAAAUACCUUACCAUGGUCAAUGCUCAGCCUUGCCAAGGUCUAAUAUCCCACGGGACAAUGUGUCCAAACUUACCCGGUGGUCUCUUCGGGGACUUCUCUCUGUUUAUCAAAUUCUAACACUCGAGUCACUUCUGGCAUCUAGUUCCAUUGGAUUCUUGGUGGAUAGGCCCCUAGGCGGGGAUAGGUUGCUUUCAGUCCUCCUUCCUAUACAACCGCUUAACAGCCUUCGCAUACAAGUAGAUGGCUAUGCACGACUCCUUGUAAGGGGACCAAUCUUCCAAGAUUCAGACCACCAUCUUCUUAGUGUGAAGUUUGAUACGCUUAUGCCAGAUUAUGUGGAGAAAGCUUUUCGGUUUGAACAUGCUUGGCUUGCCCAUGAUGAAUUCCUGGAGUUUGUUAAACAAAGUUGGGGGUCGCAGAAUAUGAUGGGAAACCUUACCAAUAUAGCAGCUGACAUGAGACAGUGGAGCAGGAUUUGUUUUGGCAAUAUUUACAAACGGAAACGCACGCAGAGUUCUUGCCAGACUGAAUGGGGUACAAAAGCAGCUGGAUAG